UGAAGCCGUGGAUCUGCCCUGUUCCGUAUUCUACGCUCUGCACCCCUAACUCCGGAGGGGGAUGUACUCGCAAUUGUCAGAUCGGUGGAUCCACCCCCUUUUGCAUGGUUCCGCCCCUUGGGUCCCUAGUCUGGGCCUGUAAGAAGACAGUUGACGCGCUCGGCAGGCAACAGGCGACGGCUACAAGUACCACACCGCAGUUCAAUCGUCAAUCGUGAUCCGUCGUUCGAACGUGAAGGAUCGUCGAGUGGUCCGUCGACGACAGAGUCCAGCUUCGAGCGCUCCUCUUUCGCAUCGGUUGCGAUUCAUAGUGUCUAAGUGCGUUUUCCAUCUCGAAAAAUCCAUUCGCUCGCGAGUGGGCUGUCCGUGGAAAAUCGCCGUGAGGCACAGGACUAGACGACGCGACUACGACGUACUGCAAACACAGUGCUGAAGAAUACCAUUUCCUACUAAGAAACGGUGCAUGUGUUUGCGCUGUGGUUUCACGUGUCACCGAGAACCGAGCAACCCGUUCGAGAUAUCUGGACAACGUUGAUACAUUUAUAGAAAAUGGGACAAGAAUAUCGCAGUCCCGUCUUGGCAUUCGUAGCACUUUGUCUUUUAAUCCUAUCGAUCGCACUGAACGUGGGUGCGUUACCAUACCACGCAGAUGAGGACACCGAUCAAUCUCUUGACACUGUCGAGGAAUCAAGGGCGGCGGUGAACCCCGAACAACAAUCAGUUCCAGAAACUAUGACAGAAUUGGACUUGAACGAUACCGAGGAUUGGUCCGACAACGAUGACGAACCGCAACGAAGAGACCGCAGGCGUACGCCCAUCAGAUACCCGAUUAGACGUUACAGAGGUUUUGAACAAAUGCAGUCGGACGCUAAGAUCGUGUUUCCUGACAUGAUUUCACGAGUACCUGCCUGCAAGGGAUCCACGUAUUGCGAAAAGGUAGACGGUUAUCCCGAGCACGUAGUAACCCAGGCGAUUCAACGAAACGUUAGUCUCAGAUAUCUGGCUUCUGUUGACGAGAUGCCCCAAAUACAAGAGAGGCUCAACGCAAAUGACGACACGCCACUCUGCGUAGCAACUGAGCAAGUAAUAUAUCCUCAAACAGCCGAGAACAAGGAAAACCAAUGGAAAUACAUUGCGAAUCAGGACAAUUUUAAGCAGGGCGUACGUAUUGAGAAGUGCAGCAUGGAGAGCGCUAGUUGCAACGUGAUCGGUUCACCUGGAGAGGGCUAUAAAACAACCUGCAAGCAAAAAUACGUUUAUAGACAACUUGCAGCAGUGCUGUCGGACGGCACGAUGGUCCCGGACACGUUUAAGUUUCCAUCAAGUUGCUGUUGCCACCUGACGUUUACUGGAAGCCCGUUUCCAAGAAUGGCGUUUAAUGCGGGGGGACAGAGAAGUAAUAACAUGACACCUGCCAAACCACGAAGAAAGAAAUGAAUUCUGAACAAUGUGUGACACGAAUAUACGCGAAAAGGAGCUCUGUUAGGGAUUCGCAGUCUGUUCCAUUCAUUCCGAUCAACACCUUGAACUAGAUAUGUAUUUAGAGCACAUUUGUAUUGUUAAUGGAAAAUCGACAGAUAAAUUCCAUAGACUGGAGUACAAUUUGCUUAGAUACAAAUUUCUUGAUACACGCGGCGACAAUGUAUGCAUAAUCGUUAAGUGCAAACUGACUUGUAAAUAUCGAAGUCGCGUUUUCUUCAAACUCGCCUAGUUUAUUUUUUGUAAAUACUGAGGUUUUUUCUAGAAAUACGAGUUAGAUGUAUAUAUUCGCUAUUCUGUUUUAAUUUUUAGCAUUAAUCUAGACACGUGUGCGUGCGUUUAUAUACAUACAUGUAUAAAACGAAUAUGCUCGAAAUAGGUUGUCAGCUCAGCUAGGCAGCGUAAAGAUGGUAUAAUGAAAGACUCGCAGGCGUUUCUUGGUUCCAUUCAUGACCAAUGGAUGCAUAAAGUACAAUUACAAAAGCAUCAUGGCUGUGUACGCAUGUUUGAUGUGUAUGUACAUAUAGAAUUUGUAUUGCACUGAAUAUUCUUUUCAAAGUGAAUAUUUUUUAAACUUGUUACUGCAUGAUUUUAACUGAAGAGAGAGAGAGAGAGAGACAGCUUUAAGGAGAAUAUUUUGUACUUGGGGACGAAGCGAGUUUCUUAAAUGGACAUGGAUCUCAAUCCACAUACAUAUUAUGUGAUAUUAUACCUUGACAUAGCGAUAUAUAGUUUAGAAAUAUCUUUUGUAUAUACAUAUAGCUAUACUGAUAGAUGUAAUAAUAAUAAUAAUAAUAAAUAAAUAUGUUAUAUAACA